UGCAGCUGGUCAACAAUCGCUAGCUUUCGUUUCGCAUCAGCUGGAGCUGUCGGCGGCUGAUAGCAGUGUCCUCGGGCGGUGUGUUAAUAACCUCGUCUCCAGCCCGCAAAGCUGCGUGAACCAACAGUAUGGCCACUGCACAGUUGGCGUUGCUGCUGGCCGUGCACAUCUUGCUGAUCUCAGAGUUCAUCCUGGCCAAGAGGGACUACUACGACAUACUGGGGGUGCCCAAGGAUGCCACUGAACGCAUGGUCAAAAAGGCUUUCCAUAAGCUGGCCCUGAAGUACCAUCCUGACCGGAACAAGGGCCCAGACGCCGAGGCUAAGUUCAGGGAGAUAGCAGAGGCAUACGAGACGUUAUCAGACGAUAAGAGGAGGCGAGAGUACGACCAGUUCGGACACGGCCCGUCACCAGGAGAAGGCCAGGAGGAGGAGGAGGAGGAGGAGGAGGAGGAGCACUACCAGUCCUUCAACUUUGAUGACAUUUUCAAGGACUUUGACACUUUUGGUCAACAACAUCAUCAACACCACUUUAACACCCACUCCCAAAAUCAAGCCCACCAUAAGAGACACGUUGACAGCCACUUUCAGGCCCACAAAGAGGCUAUGGACAGACAUAAGAGACAGUUUCAGCAGGGGGCCUUCGGUGGAGGACUCUUUGAUAACAUGUUUGCUGACAUGGAGAAGAUGUUCUCCUUUAACACGCAAGGCUCCAGGACUGACAACAAAUUCCAGGGCUCAGGGAAGCAGCACUGCAGGACAGUGACCGAGCGUCGGGGCAACAUGGUGACCACCUUCACUGACUGCUCCUGAGACGGGCGGAAAAGCGGUGCUCCACAGAGCGCAGCCACUUGGGACACUGCUGGGUUUUUAAGUCGUGGUUUUUGGAAUUGAAUGCUAAUUUAUCACUUGGUGGAAUAGAGAAUGGUGUCGUGUGGCUUUUGAAAUAUUCUGUAUGUAAUUUCCUUAGGAACAAAUAUCCAAGCGGACCUGAUAAAGGGCUUCUUCCAAGCAAUAACUCGCUCACAUUAUUGCUCAUAGCACAGUCCAUUAUUUAGCUUUCCAGGUUCAUUUUGUUUACUUAUGAUGGUACAAUCUAUAGACUCAGGUAUAGCCUAAGGUUAAAAGAUGAUUUAAAAUGUAAAUUUUUCUUUUGAGAGCAAUAAGGCAAAUAGGGUUAUUAAAACACCACAGAAGCAUUUGUUCUACAGCUAUUCAGGCAAUACUAUUAUUGUGCUCUGUGUAACAUAAAACUGUUUGCUAAUGUAAAACCAGGCUCAUUCAAGCAUAGUGUACUCAGAAAGUGUGACUUUUCUUUGUUUUUAUUAAUUAUCUUAAGGAUUGCAAAGAACGUUUUAAGUCUCAAAUUUGAAUUCAUAGCGUGCAUCAAAUAUUUCUGUGAAAAUUGAACUUCCCAUCCUGAGAUGUGUGCAAGUUGGCCAUCAUCAACUGUUACCUCGUUUUAGUUUCUUCCUACAGAGUUGCAUCAACCUUCACUCAGUCAGGCCAGGAAAUUACCAUCAGUCCCAUGAAAACUGCUGGUGAACUUAAGUUUGUGUACUCUCUCAGCUGUUUUGUAACCAGUUGUAUUGAUGGUUCCAGAAGCUUAGGGUCAUCUACCAGUGAAGAACUGAUUAUAAUGUGCAAUAUUUAGCAUCUUUUGCUUUUCAUGUUGCCUAUGUUAUAUAGACAGUGCUAUGUUAAUAUCAUUGUCUUAUGUUCGCACUUUGUGUGUAUGUGCGUGCGUUUGUUUGUUUGUGCGUGUGUGUGUGUGUGUGUCUGAAUUUGUUUGGUUGCAUAAUGUUUGGAGAAUGAAUAAAAAGUUUCAAGAGCAAA